AUGAAGACACUGUCUUGGCUACUCGUAAACAGAUUGAAUCCAGAAAUCCCCUUGCAUUUGGUCUUAAAGUCAUCAGAAUCUCAGACUCCAUCAUGGAGACCAGUGCAGGACGAUGCAAGUAAGACUCGAGCUUCUGCACGACACAAACGAGGCUGUAACUGCAACAAAUCAAACUGUCUCAAGAAAUACUGUGAAUGCUUCCAGAGUGGAGUUGGCUGUUCCAUAAACUGUAGAUGCGAAGGAUGUAAGAAUGCAUUCGGAAGAAAGGAUGCCUAUUUACAUGCUAUCAUGGAGAGCAAACUAGAGGAGGAUCACGAGACAUAUGAGAAAAGAACAGCAAACAUCCAAGAAAUCGAGCAGAACCCAAGUUCUGAUCAACCUCCGGCACCACAGCCACUGCACAGACAUUUGGUGGUUCAUCAGCCAUUUUUCUCUAAGAACAGACUGCCUCCGACACUGUAUUUUCUUGGGACGGAUUCUUUCUCUUUUAGAAAGCCAGAUGGUGAUUCAACGCAGUCGAGGAAUGAGAAGAAGCCUGUUGAAACUGUGACCGAAGAGAAAACAGAGAUUCUGCCUGAGAUUCUCAGCAAUACACCUAUAACUACCAUCAAAGCCAUCUCUCCCAACAGCCAGAGAGUCUCUCCUCCUCAGCUCGGCUCCUCGGAAUCAGGCUCAAUCCUAGUGAAGAGAAGUAAUGGCAGGAAGCUGAUACUACGGUCUAUUCCAGCUUUUCCUGCUCUUAACCAACAUCAGUGA